GGCGGGAGAGGACGUCACUUCCUGUUUCUUUAGGGGAACGUGGCUUUUCUCCGCAGCGCCCUUCCCUCCAUCUGCGUCUCUGCUGCGGCGGCCAGAGCUGGAGUCGGAGCCCGAGCGCAGCCUCGCGAUGGACUCGGCCGCCAGCGAGCCGCACAACGGCAGCACAGAGACCCCCAGCCCGGCCAACGGCACGACGCGACCGCCGUCCACGCCCGAGGGCAUCGCGCUGGCCUAUGGCAGCCUCCUGCUCAUGGCGCUGCUGCCCAUCUUCUUCGGCGCCCUGCGCUCGGUGCGCUGCGCCCGCGGCAAGAGUUCCUCGGAGAUGCCUGAAACCAUCACCAGCCGGGAUGCUGCCCGCUUCCCCAUCAUUGCCAGCUGCACACUCUUGGGGCUGUACCUCUUCUUCAAAAUAUUCUCCCAGGAAUACAUCAACCUCUUGCUGUCCAUGUACUUCUUCGUGCUGGGAAUCCUGGCCCUGUCCCACACCAUCAGCCCCCUCAUGAAUAAGUUUUUUCCAGCCAGCUUCCCAAACCGACAGUAUCAGCUGCUUUUCACUCAGGGCUCUGGGGAAAACAAGGAAGAUAUUGUCAACUAUGAGUUUGACACUAAGGACCUGAUUUGCCUGGGCCUAAGCAGCAUUGUUGGUGUCUGGUACCUGCUGAGGAAGCACUGGAUUGCCAACAACCUGUUUGGCCUGGCCUUCUCCCUGAAUGGUGUGGAGCUCCUGCACCUGAACAACGUCAGCACUGGCUGCAUCCUGCUGGGUGGACUCUUCAUCUAUGAUGUCUUCUGGGUGUUUGGUACCAAUGUGAUGGUGACCGUGGCCAAGUCCUUUGAAGCACCAAUAAAACUGGUGUUUCCCCAGGAUCUGCUGGAGAAGGGCCUGGAGGCAGACAACUUCGCCAUGCUCGGGCUUGGAGAUAUUGUCAUUCCAGGGAUCUUCAUUGCCUUGCUGCUGCGUUUUGAUAUCAGCUUGAAGAAGAACACCCACACCUACUUCUACACCAGCUUUGCCGCCUACAUCUUUGGCCUGGGCCUUACCAUCUCCAUCAUGCAUAUCUUCAAGCACGCCCAGCCUGCCCUCCUGUACCUGGUCCCUGCCUGCAUCGGCUUUCCCAUCCUGGUGGCGCUGGCCAAGGGAGAAGUGACGGAGAUGUUCAGCUACGAGUCCUCGGCGGAAAUCCUGCCUCAUACCCCGAGGCUCACCCACUUCCCCACGGUCUCGGGCUCCCCCGCCAGCCUGGCCGACUCCAUGCAGCAGAAGCAGUCCGGCUCUCGUCGCCGGCGCCCGCAGAACCCCAGCACCAUGUAAUCCCCGGCGGGUGCCCACCCGCCCGCUCCCUCACUGCCCGUGGCCCAAGUUAUGAGGAGUCCAAUCCUAAGGAUGUAGCAGCUGCGACAGAAUCCAAAGAGGCAACAGAGGCAUCAACAUCGAAGAGGUCGGAGAAGAAGGAGAAAUGAGGCAGCUGGUGACUGACCCUCUGAGGGCCAGACCAGACAGUCGGGGGCUGGAUUGACAAGCGACUUGGGCAAAGGACAUCCUCAGGAGGCGAAGGCAGCCCCUGGACGGGUGGGCAAUAGAACCCCUUCAGCCCGGCCCCAUGGCCAGCUUUCCCUACCCCUGUGUGUGUGUGUGUGUGUGUCCUUCCUCUGCUUCUCCUCACCCCUGCGGGCAAAGGAACCCCCCAGCAACCUCCCUCCCCAGGAGCCAAAUCGGAACUGGGUGUGAUUUUUAGAUUUUUGUAUUGUGAACUGUCUUUGCCUCACAUUAAAAACUCAUCCAUGGC